GUAGCGUUACAUUACUCACUCAAAUACGUAUAUUGCGUUCUUCUUUUUUGAUUGUGUCGCCGGGAAAUCAAGAUUCCGGCAACCUAAGAUACACUCAAAAUCAACUUCUAUACACAUAGAUUUUAUUCCGGCGGCUCGGAGUUUGUUUUCUUUGGUUUAGUGAUUGAUGGCAACUGGUCGAAAAUUUACAAGUAAUCAAAGUGAACGAUUUUUGGGUAGUUUUAGUUACAAUAAUGGUCAAGAAACAGUUGCAGAUGGAUCAGAGCUACAAGAAGAUGAGGUUUGGUCAAUGGUUGAUGAUCACUUGGCUAACGGGGAUUGGACUUCACGCGCCGCCGUCGAUGGUAAUGGAAGUUUCAGUAGUUAUCAGAGUUUACGGCACCCGCCCACCGCCAACCACCACCAACAACACCGCCGCCAAGUCGGAGGGUUGUCUUUGGCUUUUGCUGAUUCGAGCAAAACGUCAUCAACCAGGGUCGUGCUUCAAAUCCGUGGACAAGACAGCGUGGCGAAAUCACCACGUGGGCGGUAUGUGGCUACCUCGGCCCCAGUGAAUGUGCCGGAUUGGUCCAAAAUUUAUCGAGUUGACUCGGUCGAGUCGAUGCAUGACUCGGACGAUGGCUUUGACGACGUUGAAUCCGAGUUGUUUCCUCCUCAUGAGUACCUGGCUCGUGUAUAUGCAGGGAGCCGGAACAAUUCGGUUUUCGAGGGUGUGGGUCGGACGCUUAAGGGGCGGGACAUGAGUCGAGUUCGAGACGCUGUGUGGAGCCAGACUAGGUUCGAUGGUUAAAAAUUAUGAUUAUUGAAAUGGGUUCAUCAUUAAUCAUUAUUAGCAGCCUAAAUUAUAAUGAAAAGUAUUUGUUAUUUCCUGUGCGCCAUAAGCUUUUUUUUUCUUGGGCACCUGAGUCAGAUAUGAUUUCCAUUGGCAGCAAUUCAGCCCAAAAUUGUAUCUUGUUUUUUUGGUCAAGAUUUGUCAUUUUCUUAUUAUCAAUAAUGAUACGGUUAAAUUUAAGUGCAAAGAAAUUUGAAUA